CUACUUCACUGACAACAAGGAGGUUACUGCCUGAACUGCUAAAAGGAUGCCUCUCAUGAUGGAUGGAGGUCCCUCUAAACCUCGACUCGAUGCCAUCUGCACAAUGAUUUUCCAUUUCACUGCUGCCGUCCUCUUCCUAACAUGUCCUUGCAGAGGUCAGUCUCAGAUGGUCAGUCCUUCACAGCCAAUUGUGGCAACAGUCGGUCAAGACAUCAUGUUACCAUGCCAUCUGGAACCUGCUGUUAAUGUCACUGACAAGACCGUGGAGUGGACGAGACCUGACCUGAAUCCUAGAUUUGUUUAUGUGUGGCGUGACGGUGUGGAACUAGAGAUGAAAAAACAUCAGUCCUAUGUAGGGAGAACAUCAGUGUCCAUCACCAAACUGAAACAUGGAGACAUUUCACUGAAACUCUGCAAAGUAAAAAUCUCUGAUAAGGGGAAAUACAGGUGCUUUAUUCCCACACUGAGCAGAGAAUCUACUGUUGAGCUUGUUGUUGGUGCAGUCUCUUCACUCACUGUUAGCUUUAUGAGGACUGACAAUGACCUCAGAGGAGUGGUGUUACAGUGUGAGUCUGCAGGCUGGUAUCCAGAGCCUGAGGUGUUGUGGCUGGACGGUGAGGGAAACCUCCUCUCUGCUGGACCUACAGAGACAGUCAGAGGUCCUGAUGACCUCUAUACUGUCAGCAGCAGAGUGACUGUGGAGAAGAGACACAGCAACAGCUUCACCUGUAGAGUCCAACAGAGGAACAUCAACCAGACCACAGAGACACACAUCCAGGUUCCAGAUGAUGUCUUCAAUGCUGUGUGUAGUUCUGCUGCUCCUGUUACCAUUGGCUUGGCUGUGGUCUCCAUGGUUAUUCUUGCACUUGUCUUUGUUGUAUGGAAAUGGAGACAGAAACAAAAUUGCAACAACUUUAUGAGAAAAGAAACAAAAGCAACAACGUCAGCUUUAGGUAACGACACAGAACUUCAAUUGCUUAAUGAGGAGAAAAGAGAAACACUUCCAGUCAUGGCUGAGAGCACGACAGUCAAGGAUGUGGAUCAGGAAAAACUGGAUGUAAAAUUAAAGGAAGUUGAAGAAGAAUGCAAAGAUGUCGAAGGGCUGCAUAAAUUCUUAGCGGGUCACAAAAAUAAUCUGCAUGACCAGAUGCAUCACUUGGGAUUACAACUGCAUGAUAUAGAGAUGCAAAGGGAUGAGAUUAUGUCAGGGGUAGAGAAAAUUAAACAGAAAUGGGUAAAUAAUGAUAAAAACUACUCAGAAGAGAAACGGGUUGAAAAACACUGCCUAGAUAAGAAUACAAAUCUUGAUACAGCAAAGAAAGAACUUGAGAAACGUAUGCAGGAAACAGACAUAUUUUUAAGGUCAAUAUUUUGUGGUGUUACCAUGGUUACAGAGAGGAAGAAAGUGUUAGAUAAUCUCAGGGAGCAAAUCAAAAAGCAACUGGAGGAGACAGAAGACCAGAGCGAAGAAACUGAAAUAAAAUUCAAGUCAAACCAUUAUGGAACAUAAACAUUAAAGAGGAUUCGUUCAUCUCUUUAUAGAUCUUAAACAGCUGCAGUAAGGUUUUCUGACGGAUUAUAAAACAGUGACAGGAUGAGCUGUAAAAUAACAUUUCUGACUGAGCAUUUCUUUAAUGGAAGGUAGCUUUUCAUCACCAGAAGAAGGACUAGAUUGGUCAUUUGUUCAUUAAAAGCCCAUGGUAAAUUUACAUUUACCUGACAGGGACCUCUAAUGGCCAUGUGAUGUACGACUGACUGUCAGGAGCAUAUGUAAAAGUAAUGCAGGUAUAGGAGGCCACUCUUUGUUUCUUAAUUUUCUUCCAGUAGUCAAUGCUUGUUUCUUUCAACCACGGCCAUGAUCUUACUUAAAAAUUUUUAACACCUCCCUCAAAUUUGAAAAACAAAUUAGUUCAGGGCCCUGUUGUUUAAAAGGAAAACAGGAUUUUUUGAUCAGAUAAGGUCAGGUAAUUCAAUCCACUUUUUUAUUCAGACCAAACCUCCAGUCUGUGUUGCUCAAAACAUUUGAAUAGGAUAAGUAUUACUCUGAUCCAAAAUAUCAGGGUUACCCUGAUCCCAGCAGAAGGCUGGAUUCAGACUGGAUUAAAGGGAGAAAAUGAAAAAGAACUUGAGUCUUUUAUUUAUUAAAAUCAUAAAGAAAUUAAUAAUAAACUGUGAGCUGUCACAGUCAAGACAUUAAUUCAAAAGAAGGAUAUGAAUUAAGAACGUUAAGGGUGAUGACAGUAGAUAAAAAUUAAAUCAUUCAAACUUAAAUCUAUGCAUAUGUUCUUAAUGUUUGCUGCCAUCUGCUGGUCAUUUUCUAGUUUCUUCCUCAGUUACAAGUUAGGCCCAGUGGUGUAAAGGCAUAAAGACAAACAGUGCAGAAAAUGUGUAACAUUUCUUUUGAAUGUUGAAAUAAAAAUGAAUAAUUUA